UACCUACCUACUCUUUGAAAGUUUGAAACCCGUUUUAUCUGUCACUGUCAGAAGUUGUCAGUUGUCAAUUAUAAAACAAGUAGCAGCAAUGAAAUGCUAUGCUUUUUUAAAGAUAUUUAAGAAUACUUGAAUGUAAACUAUAUUAAUACUACAAAAAAAACUUUUAUUGUAAGACUAAGAAAGUAAAGAAGUAAAAAUGGGGCGUCGGUCAAUAAAUACCACUAAAAGUGGUAAAUAUAUGAAUCCUACGGAUCAAGCACGAAAGGAAGCCAGGAAGAAAGAGUUAAAGAAAAAUAAGAAGCAAAGGCAAUUGGUUAGAGCGGCUGUGCUUAAAAUGAAAGAUCCAACACAAAUUCUUGAAGAGUUGCAGAAAAUUGAUGAAAUGGAGUACAAUGUGCUGCAGCCUUCGCCUCUAAAUGAAAAAGUUUUAAAGGAGAAAAGAAAAAAAUUAAAGGAAACAUUUGAUAGAGUUCUCAAGAUGUAUGACAAAGAUGAUCCAGAAAAAUGGGUUGAACUUAAAAGACAAGAGAUGGAGUAUGAAAAGAGACGGGCACAUUUAAUAUCUUAUUAUGAAUCUGUGAAACACGCUCAGUCUGUGCAAGUGGAUGAUAUUCCAUUACCUACACUACAAGUUCCUGACAAUUUAAUAUAUGGUAAUGUACCAUCACAAAUUCCUUUACCAUUGGAUACUGUACAUCCAAUAUUGCCGAAGCCCAUUUUGAAGAAGGAUUCCGUUUACAGAGAAAGGCCAGUGGGCAUUGAACCUCCAGGAGUACCGCCAGGUCCUCCGCCUAACUACUCGGUCUUAAUAUUCGAAGCAAUGAAACAUGAAUCACACAAGGAAAAGAAGAGUUUACGUUUCUCUGAUUUCCCCGAUGAAGGACCGCCUGGGGAAUCUCUCAUGGGUGUUACUUUAGAAGCUAAAACUGCGCCAAGUAAAGUUGCACACGAGGACUUUGACGGCGAGGCGAUGGAUGAGGAGCACUCUGCGUCGCCGCCCGCGUCUGCGCACGCGCACAAACCCACUUCAUUGCAGCAAAGGAUGUUGGCACUCUCCGGACAGAAUAUUGACGACUUCAUGAAAGAAAUGGAAGAGGUCCAUAAGAAGAGGGAAAGGGAUAGAGCUGCUGAUCUAAAUACGAGAUUGAAUGCUUUGAAGCGCACCGGCGGGGGAAGGGACAGCGACUCCGACAGCGACACAGAGAACCACCAUCACAUGAUGCAUCACGCGGACUUCGCCCUCGAGCCGCCCGGCGCUGAGAUACGACAGAUGCCGCCGCCAUUACUGCCUCCUGGUUUACGAGCGCCGAUAAGAAUGUCGAGUGCACCGCCCGGGAUACCGGCCGGGGUUCAGGUGCUGGGCUUGGCGGGUGCUCCGCCCGGCCCUCCGCCCGGCGCUCCGCCCGGACCUCCGCCCGGCGCUCCGCCCGGACCACCGCCCGGCGCUCCGCCCGGACCACCGCCCGGCCCGCCGCCCGGCAUGCCGCCGCGUGUUGCGCUGCGGCCGCCCGGCCCGCCGCCCGGCGCUCCGCCCCGCCUGCUGCGCCCGCUGGUGCCGCCCCCACCACAAGUCUCGGUGCUCACUGCGGCCCCACAACUCAUACAGAAGAAAGAUGCACCACAAGGUGCGACGAUAAGCGCGAAGCCUCAGAUCCGCAACUUAUCAGCGGACGUAACUCGCUUCGUGCCCUCCGCGUUGCGAGUGAAGCGCGAGGACAAGAAGAGCCGGCCCAAUGCUAAGACGGGGGCCCUGCAGCGACAACUCGACGUACCCAAGGCCCCCAGCAAGGACGACGCCUAUAUGCAGUUCAUGAAAGAAAUGGAGGGCCUUUUAUAGUUCUUUUAUAUGUUUUAAUAAAUAUUAGAAUAAGUC